CAUUAUUGCCGCUGGAUAAACUGUAGAGACCGAUUUGAGACAUUUGAUGAAUUGACAGGCCACUUGUCAGAUAUACAUGUUGGCUCUGGUCGGAGUGAAUACAUCUGUCUUUGGGAAAAAUGUGAUCGUGAGGGGAAAGUGUUUUCACAGCGGCAAAAGGUGAUGCGUCAUAUCCAAACCCACACAGGGGAUAAGCCAUAUCAAUGUAGUUUGUGCAAGAAACGUUUCUCAGAAGCAAAUAUAAUAACUCAGCAUUUGCGAACUCAUACUGGAGAGAAGCCGUACAAGUGCCCCGAAAAAGGCUGUGAAAAACAGUUCUCGAUCUCUGGAGCCUUGACAAUUCAUCGUCGAGUACAUUCUGGUGAAAAACCAUUCGCUUGUAAAUACCAAGGCUGUGAAAAAAGGUUUUCUGAGAGCAGCAACCUGACAAAACAUAUGAGGGUUCAUACUGGAGAACGCCCAUUCAGAUGCUCUUUUAUUCCAUGUGGUAAAUCAUUCCCUCGAGCUGAUCAAGUCGCAAGACACGUUAAAACUCACUCAAGA